UAUAGACAAUCAACAGUUAUAAGCCCAUUGCCUGAUCCAAAGGUAGAGGGAUUGUCAAUGUAUACAGAUAUAAUGUGUGCACCAUUCGUUGCACCAUAUUGUAUACCACUACAUCUAUCAGAGCCAUUCAACGUCGAUGUUGAAUACGGUCGUAUAUCAACUACAUUACAAGAAUUAGAGUUACUCAAUGCCAAACAUCAAUUGAUUGAGAAGAAGUCAAAGGCCAGCAGUUUGUUGGGUAUCGAUCAGGACUCACCAACGUCCACUCCUAUAAAGUCAUCAAAGGCCAGUAUGUUAUUGGGUCUGGACGAGGGCGGAAGUUCGCCAUCAUCAUCACCCAAGGACAAGAAGCAGUUGUUGUCGCCAGCGCCAGCAAACUCGCCAAAGUUUGGUCUGUUGGCGAGAUCAGCCAGCAACAAUCUACUGAGGGACAAAGAGACCAGUGGCGGUGGCGGUGCUGGCAGCGGCGGCAGCGGGUCAUUCCUGGGGGCGUCGAGCCAGUCGCCUCUAGCGCAGUCGAUCGCCAUAAAUAGUUCGACUGGCACACUGGGCAUGUCACCGCGCGAGGACACACCAGGGUUCAACCUGUCGGGCAUCUCGCCAUUGCACUACCAACACAUCUUUACCGUAUCCACCAAGACACAGAACUAUUCAUUCAAUGCCCGAGACCGCGAUGAGAGCAGCCAGUUUGUCGACGCCAUCAAGCUGAUAUCCCUGGGCAAGGCCUUCCAUCCCGAGUCACAGACCACUCUCGACUACCUAACCGAGGCACUCGAACUGACGCUCAAGUGUCGUGCCCCUCCCGUGCCAUCACUGCCCGCCUCGCCUCCACCCCCACCUCCCCAUCUCAAG